AUGCAAACACACCUUCUUCUCCUAGGCGCAGGCCUCCUCCUUUUAAUCCAUCUAACCAAUGCCCUCAUUUUCAAGCCCCUCCGCAACCACCUCAAAAGCCGCCAUCUAGGAUGCGGUCCCGUCCCCAUCGAGCCCUACAACCUCCCCUUCGGCAUCGACACCAUCCGCCGCAGCCUCCUCGCCGACCGCGAGCAACGCACCCCCGACUUCGUCUUCUCGCGCUUCAUGGCCAUGAACCGGUACACAUGGGCCAUAUCCCUGCUCGGCACCACCAACCUCAUCACCGCCGAGCCACGCAACAUCCAAGCGCUACUCGCCACGCAAUUCGACGACUUCAUCAUGGGUACAGCACGACGCACGAAUUUGAAACGGGCGCUCGGGCGCAGUAUCUUUGCUGUUGAUGGAGUGGCUUGGCAUAGAGCGAGGGAGACUAUGCGGCCGCUGUUUAGUAGGGAGAAUGUGAGUCGGUCGGAGGUGUUGGAGGGGCAUGUGGGGAGUUUGUUACGAGUUAUUGAGGGGAAAGAGGGGGGGCUGAGGGUUGAUGCGGAGGGGAGGGCGUGGUCUGCGCCUGUCAGUUUAGCGGCGUUGCUACCGAAGCUGACGAUGGACUCGGCGACGGAGUUCUUUUUGGGAAUGAGUACUGGAUCGCUUGAUAAGUUGCUUGAUGAGCAGCGACAGGAGAAGGAAGGCGACGAGAAUCAUGAAGAAGACAGCUUCGACCACGCAUUCGAGCGAAUGUUGACCAUCCUCGGAAUUAGAAUGCGCCUUCGCAGCUUCUACUGGCUCUACGGCAACACCGAGCUAAACAAAUGCAUCAACACUCUCCACGCCUUCGUCGACCGCGCCAUCGACGCCGCAGAUCAAGCGAGAAAACAAGGUUCCUCGUCUCUCCGCUACGACUUCCUCGAAACACUGCGAUCGCGCUGUGCCGACCGCGCUGAAGUGCGCGAGCAAGUUCUCGGUCUGCUAGCCGCAGGUCGAGACACGACAGCAUCACUUACAUCAUGGGUGUUCUACUGCUUAGUGCGGAACCCACGGGUGUACAAAAAGCUGCGAGAAACCAUUCUCGCGGAAUUUGGGUCUUACUCAAGUACCGUCGUUGGACAGAGUAUCACGUUCGAGAAACUCAAGAGCUGCACGUAUCUACAAUAUGUUCUGAACGAAACACUCCGAUUACAUUCGGUGGUACCGUUCAACUCCCGCUGCGCCAUCCGCGACACCACCCUCCCCACCGGCGGCGGCCCCUCGGGCACCCUCCCCAUCUUCGUCCCCGCAGGCACAGAAGUAAACUUCAGCACGCACGUCCUGCACCGCCGGAAAGAUCUCUGGGGCGAAGACGCCGAUGAAUUCGUACCUGAACGCUGGGAGAAGAGGAGACCGGGGUCAACGUGGCAGUACGUCCCGUUCAACGGCGGGCCGCGUAUUUGUAUUGGGCAGCAGUUUGCGCUUACGGAGGCGGGCGCCGAGAGCAGGGGCAGCGUGGGGUUACAAUAUCGUGGACUACAAGUGGAGUCGCAUUCGAGAUCAGACGCUCACGAACGAGCGAACACCAAGCUCAACGCCGAGAUGUUGUUCACUAUAGCCCUUCUCAUCUUCCUUAGUCCUGUACUUUACUUCCUCCUCCGCUCCCUCUACUACCUCACCCUCCACCCCCUUUCACGCUUUCCAGGCCCAAAACUCUGGGCCAUCUCCCGCCUCCCCUGGCACUAUGUCAACCUCCGCGGCGAUCUCGCAUGGCGCAUCCGCGACAUGCACAUCUACUACAACAGCCCCGUGAUACGCAUCGCACCCGACGAGCUGUCCUACACCAGCAGCACAGCCUUGAAGAAGAUCGACGGCUCACCUCCACCUCGCGAGUUUCUCAAGUGUCUGGACGGGCGUGGAAUCGCUCCUGCGGUCGUGAAUGGACGUCGUAGUAUCGUUACCGAGACACCUGAGCGCCAUGCCGUGCUCCGGCGUGCGCUUCAGCCAGCGUUCAGUGAGCGCGCAUUGCGGGAUCAAGAAGAUUUUUUUCGGGACCACACUGAUCGGCUUGUUGUUCAGUUACGGAAACCACAGUAUCAUGCUGUAGAGCAGAAUAUCCUCCGCUGGUUCAGCCUAUUGAGUUUCGACAUCAUGAGCGACCUGGCCUUCGGACAACCCGCGGGCUGUCUCGACCGCGCCGAUGAGCCCUGGCUUGACGUUAUCGGAUCGCGCGUCAAAAGCAUUGUUUGGUAUCAACUCGCUACGUACUACCAUAUCGAGUGGAUACUCAAAUGGACGGCACCCAAAGCGGCCAUGGAGGCGCGGAAGCGGCAUCAAACACUCACCCUCCAAAAGGUACAGCGACGGAUUGAUGAGGAGCGUGCUGGCACCCGAAAAGGGAAGAGACGGGAUUUCAUGAGCUACAUCCUUGGUAACGAGAAUGAGAAUUUGAGUAACAUGGAUCUUUUUGGUAUGGCGAGCGCGUUGAUUGUGGCGGGCAGCAACACGACUACGUAUACGAUGAGCGCAUUUGUCUUCUUCGUUUGUGGGCAUUCGGACGCCUAUAAGAAGGUUAUUGCCGAGGUGCGGGGUAGGUUUGCGAGCGAAGAGGAGAUUAGCAUGGUUGCUGCUGGUGAGCUGGUUUACUUGAAGGCCUGCAUCGAGGAGUCGAUGCGUAUAUCGCCGCCUACGCCAUCAGCUUUGCCGCGCUGGGUUCCAGAGGGUGGAGAGGAGAUAGAUGGAAAAUGGGUACCGGGAGGUACAGCUGUAGGCAUGCACAAUCUCGCAGCCUGUCACGCUCCAUGGAACUGGUACCGGCCUCUUGACUUUAUCCCAGAGAGGUGGCUGCAGACGAAAGAUAGGGAGUUUGCUCGUGAUGACCGAGGUGCAUCUCGUCCUUUCUCCUAUGGUAGACAUGAUUGCAUUGGACAAACUAUGGCUAUGAAUGAGAUGAGACUGGCUUUGGCUAAGCUCUUCUGGAACUUUGACAUCUCGCUCAGCCCAAACAGUGAGAAGUGGUGGAUCACACAAAAGUCGUAUUUGGUCUGGGAGAAGAAGCCGCUCAUGGUCUCCAUCAGGCCGAGGCGGUAG